CUCCUGAUUUUACUGAUGAAGCACAGGAAACCGCAGGAAACCAGGAACUGGGAGCAGAACUCCUUUCCAGAACAAGCCCUAGCUCGGAAGAAAAGGAAUGUGGUUUGGCCGGCUGGUGAGCAGCUGAGGAGGAGCUUCAGGGCAGACACAGGGGCAGGCUCGGGCUGGAGCGUCCUGUACAGAAGAGGGACACCUGGCAGCCCAUCUCCAGCAAUGCAGCCAUGUUCCCAGUGCGCUGAUCUCUCCGAUGCUCAUGGGGAGCCUGCUGCCAGGGGCUCCCCUCGUUCGCUCUUUGCUUCUUCUCAUCAGCCUUUCUGGCUAUUCUGGGAGCAGGUCCUCUCAUGUGAACUGGUGGGGGCCCCGUUGUUUUCAAUCUUCCCACAUGAAAGUCCUGCUCUUGACCUUCACCAGAAUGGGGUCUUGUCCAAAAGGUCACAGUGCUCUCUGGCGAGGCGAUGCCCACUCUGCUUCCACAUCCAACUUGCUUUGAGCAUGCCAGGUCUUCGAAAGCCCUGGCUUCACUUUCUAAUGCGGAAAUCUCCCAAGUCCCCAAAGUUCCAGCUUUGCACGAGGCUCAGGAUGCCAACUGCUGCCCAGUGGAAGUGGCUAUGUGACUGCUGCCUGGCUAGACAGGGCCACCGUGUUGCUGUCUCCUUCCCAGCUGUGCCCAGCUCUGGGCUGCGCUUAAAAAGGACCCAGUUCAGCCUUCCAGAGAUAGCCGAUGGGACUUCGCAGCUGCCUGUUUCCCAAGGGCCUAGAGGGCCUGAGUUCUCCUUCGUGCUGCUCCUGGGAGAGAGGGCUGUUCAGGUCACAGCCCCACUGGGCCCUGACAUCAGUGUGAGGCUGUGCCACCAGUGGGUUCUCGAGUGUGAGGAACUGAGCAGUCCCUUCCACAAACAGGAGACUGUGUCUGGAGGUCACACCAUCCAGCUGCCCUAUGAGUUCCUGCUGCCCUGUCUUUGCAUAGAGGCAGCAUACCUGCACCACGACAGUGUGCGGAGGAAGCAGUGCCCCUUGAAGGACCAACCUGAAGUCUACAGCAUGGACUUCUGGAGGUCAGUGCAGUUCAUUGACCACAGCUACCAGGACCAGAUGGCCAUGAUCCUAACCCUACGCUGCCCGGUGAAGCUCAAGGCCUCCCUGUGCCAGAAACAGAGCUGGCACAGUCCCUGUGAAGACCUUCCCAAUGCCACGGUUUCUUCGUCAGAAGGGUGGUAUGUUUUGGAGAAGGUGGAUUUGCACCCGCAUCUUUGCUUCAAGUUCUCUCUUGGGAAUAGUACCCACGUUGAAUGUCCCCAUAGGAACGCCUCCUCCUGGAACGUGAGCAUGGAUAUUCAGUACCAGCGACUGGUCCUGCACUUCUCCUCAAGGACCCCAGCUGCUUUCAGUGUUGCUUGGUGCCUCCCGGGGGUGGAACAUUACGAUCCACAGCUGCCUGUUUACUCUGUCAGCCAGCCUAAUGGUUCCGGCCCAGUGAAGUCAGAUCUCAUCAUCCCCUUACAGAGCUUCGGGGGCUGUGUUCUGGUAAUGAACCUUUCUCAUAUCCACCCCCCUCCUCCCUACCCAACCUUCAUUCUCAUUGUGGACCCUUUACUGGGCAGGUGUGGAGGUCAGAUGUCCAAUAUUCUCAGAAGCGCCUUUUAUGUCCCAAUGGUAAGUCUCAGGGUCAGAGAUGGCAAAGGGGAUGAGGUAGGGGAGCCCUAUCCUGGCCUCACCUUUUCUGGUUCAGUCUCUCACAGGCACUUGGGGCUUCUGGCUCUGGGGCUGUUGAUGGGGGCUGCCCUGCUGGUGACUAUCCUGGCUUUGAACUACCAGGGCUUACAGAGGCUACUGACAGGCCCUGGACGACCCAGGCCCGUGCUGCUGCUCUACUCUGCGGACUCGGAGGCGCACCGCCGUCUAGUGGGCGCCCUGGCCGAGUUGUUGAGGGUGGCCCUGGGAGGCGGCGAAGAUGUGAUCCUGGACCUGUGGGAGGGGGAGCGCGUAGCCCGCUUGGGGCCCCUUCCUUGGCUGUGCGGGGCCCAGGCCCGCGUGGCACAGGAGCGGGGCACCGUGUUGCUCCUCUGGAGUCGGACCAGCAGCCACCUUUACCGCCGCUGGCGGGCUGGGGCCGGGCCCAGAUGCGCCCAGGACCCCCAGGACCUAUUCCGAGCAGCCCUAAGCUGCUACCUGCACCCUGGCCCAGGAACUGCUGGAGGGGCGCGACCUCCCCUGCUGGCCUUCUUUAGUAAGCUCUGUGCCAAGGGGGACAUUCCCCGGCCGCUGCGCACUCUCCCUCGUUUCCGCUUGCUCGGAGACCUGCCUCAGCUGCUCAGGGCCCUGGGCGCCGAGGACGCUCUCAGAGCCCCAGCAUGGCUUGGACUCCGGCCCCGGCCCCGGCCUCCGCCCUCAGAGCGCGCAGAUUGGCAGUGCUAUUUGCGGAACCGCCUGGAGCUGUGCCAAAGACUGGAACGGGAAGCAGCCCAGGUUGAGCUGCUCAGCUCGGACAGGGGAUGAGUUGGAAGGGAGUAAGAGAGAGGUUCCUUUGUUCCUUGCUCCUAGGGGGAAAGUGGAGCCCAAUACUAAGUGAAGAGAAGCGACCUAAGGGGAGGCCAAAAGCAUCUCCGCCUCAUAACCAAGCUAGAGCCUUCUGCCUCUCAGAAGCGGGCCUCCAGCGGAGCGCGUGCAUGGGGCGGGGAGGAGAGAAGUCUUGGAGAGCGAAUAGAGAGCUCAAAGCAUCUGGCCCCUCUCUCCACAUCUUCCCUCCAUCUCCGGCGAGGGACUGCCUUACUGCCUCCCCCAAAUCAGACCUCUGCUGUCUCCAGGCCCUUUCUCAUUCUUUGCACGUGAAUUCUCACUUCUAUUAAAGUGUCUUGAUCAGAGAUCAGAGGUAGUCUUUGGGAUUCCUCGUGUUCCCCACCCUCGUCCCACCACAGCCUCCUGGUGGGAUAACAGCGAAGAGAUCUUUUUGCUCCAAGCAAGAGAACUGAAACCUAAGAUGGAGGAGGGAAGCUGGGAUAGGAAGCAAAGGAAGGGGUGAUAGAAACAGUUGCACCCCACUGAUCAGAAGUCAAUACAAGAGCGAAUGUGUGAGCCCUGAGUUCCUGACCCCAUCUCUUUUCUAGAUAUAGGUGAGCUAUGAUCUUUGCCUGUGGUUCUGCUAGCCUCCUUCCUCUGUCCCCAUCAUCCCCAAGAUCUAGGGAGGACUCCAGAGGAAGGGAUUGAGUUAUGAACUUAGCUGGAGCCGGUAGAACAGAAGCAGCUGUUCAGGCUACUUUAUAUGGCUUGGGAUGGGAUGGGAUGGGCUACACAAAGCAAACGUGAUGAAUAAAGAUCAGUGAAAAUAUGACCAUAUGAACUUUGAUUAGUUAAUUAUAAAGAAUAAACUUUGAUUAGUUAAUUGUAAAGACCACAUUCGGGGAGAAAAGAGAAUGAAGCACACCUUCUUCCUUUUGGAAAGGUGGGGGAGGGGAGUUACUGCUAUGUCUGUUCAUUUUACUUGACUUUUUGUCGAAAUGGAGAGUUCAACUGGUGUGUGGAGUAUGUUGGAAAAUAACCCCAAAAAAUUCGUUGGGGAGGGAGAAAAUUUGAAACUGAAAAUAAACAUUUUAUAGAAAAUGUAAUAUAUGAUAGUAAAAUAUUUUAAAAUAUACUGCUAAUAUAUUUAAAUAACAAUCUGUAUAUUAUAGAUUCACAGUUUUAUAUAUUCUAAUUUUCUGGCCUUUGUGUAUGGAAGUGUUGGUGUUUGUUGCUACUUUUUUUAGUUUAUAAUAUAAAAAAAUCAUUUAAUAUUUUUUAAGAAAAGGUAUUGCAGGCAAU